ACUUAGAUAAUACGUCGUCGUUCCCCGAUUUAUCUUUGCAUUAAACUAUAGCUUUUCCACAUUUGCAGAAAAAACUGGGCAAUACCAAGUCCAACUGUCAAAUUCAGGUGAGUUUUCUUUUCUUGAUCGUACUUUCUUCUUUUCAUAUGGUUUCCAUUUCAUGAUUUAUAAUCCUUUAAUAUCGAGUGUUAUACAUCAUGAAUUGCUGGUAUUAUUUGCAACUAUUUCUAUUAACAAAUUUCUAUUGUUGUUUUUGUCUUCAUUCAAUUUAGAUAUUGAAUUACUGUCAUUUGCCAUAUCAUGUAAUAAUAUGCGAAGUAGUAUCUUCUAGUUUUUUGAAGUAAAAAGAUUAUUGUUCUUUUAAUUAUUGAGUAGACCAAGGGAAGAUCAAGGUUAGGCAAGAAUCGAACCCAAGAUUUUAACGGGAAAGUGAUAUUAAAAGCGAUGAUUCUUCAAAAGAAAUGAAUAAACAAAUGUUAUGUAUAAACAAUCAAGAGGAUGAAGAUAUCGAGAAUUGGGUGAAUUACAGUUAUACAUCCUUUCAUCAAAUACUGCUUGUGGGUGAAGGAGACUUCUCUUUUUCAUUGUCUUUGGCUCACAAUUUGGGUUCUGCCUCCAAUAUUGUUGCUACUUCUCUUGACUCUUAUGGUUCUUUAACAAAGAAGUACAAGAAAGCAAGAUCAAACUUGGUUAAGCUGCAGAAGCUAGGAGCCUUCCUUUUACACGAGGUCGAUGCAACUAAAAUGAAGCUUCACACUGAUCUCAAGAUGAGGAAGUUUGAUCGCAUUAUCUUCAACUUUCCUCAUGCCGGCUUUCAUGGAAGGGAAGAUAAUCCGCUUAUUAUUAAAAAGCAUAGGAGGCUUGUGCAUGACUUUUUCCACAAUGCAAGGGGUAUGCUGCGACUUAAUGGUGAAAUUCAUGUUAACCAUAAAACAUCGGCCCCAUUUUGUAACUGGAAUCUCGAGGAGCUUGCUUCUCAGAACUCGCUUGUACUUUUUGACUGUGUACCCUUUCGUAUUGAGAACUAUCCGGGUUAUAACAACAAGAGAGGGGAUAGCUGGAGGUGUGACGAGCCUUUUCCUUUGGGAGAAUGCAGCACUUUCAAAUUCAUUUUCUCACCUGGGUCUAGAGAUAGGCACAGGUCGGGUUGGCAUGCAAGUGGCUUGGGCAUGGCGCGGCAUGAUACACAAAGCUAUGGGUUAGGGCUGUGGCAGGGACAAGAUGUUUUGAAUUUGGUACGGCGUGUGCUUUGUGCCAGGCAGCCCACUUUUUCGCAUGAAAACAUGACCCGCCAGACAUGGCGCGUUCCGACACAAAACACAGAACAUCCUGCCCCAACCUACCGGCCUGUUCAAACACUGCCUGACUUUCCGACACAAAGCACAGCGCAUCUUGGCCCUCCCUUCCGGCCUGUUCAAACACUGCCUGAUGUCUCGACACAAAACGCAGCACAUCCCACCCCACCCUACAGGAUGUUCCGAUACAAAUCACAGCACACCCUGUCACACAUUACAGUCUCUCUCAAAUACGGCCUGAUUUCCCGACACGAAACACAGCACAUCCCACCGCACACUACAGUCUCUCCCAGAUGCGGUCUGAUGUUCCAACACAAAACCAGCAAAUCCCCUCCCACGUCACUGUCUCACUCAAACACGGCCUGCAGCUAGCACAGCAUAGCCAUUCCCACCUUUACCCGGCUCUAAGAUGUUGAGAAAUUGGACUCUGCCACAAGAACAGAAUCCUGCUAGUACCACUAUUGGCUCCCUCUCCAGGUUCCUUUCGGAAUAUUUCUCAUGUGGAGGAGACAUCAGGCCUUCCUAAUUAAAGAAGAGUAAGUCGAAGCCGAAGCUAUGAUAAAUUUGUUAACAUGGGCUUAUGAAAGACUUUUGGUUUUCUUCAUCCAUUUUCUAUAGGAGCUUCAUUGCUUGCGUCUUACAUCAGAGUUUAAAUGGUAUGCCUCAUUGUUGUUGCUUCUGACUUCUUACUGGUGCCAACAUGGGAACUAGGCAUGUUGUGCAUAUGAAUCAAUCAAUGUUUUAAUGAAGAAAAAAUAGGUGUAGCUAGGAUUUUGGAAAGCUUAGGUUAUGUUGAUUGAUUUUUCUGUGUUGUGCUUGGAUUUUGUGAAGAAAGUUAUGAAACUACUUAAACAUGUCUGUUAUUUGACCCUAUAUCAAAUCAUUUACCAUCUCUUAUAGUGUUUCACCAUUUUUGAUUAUUCAUGCGGAAAAUGUUUAA